AUGACAAAGCCAAUUGAUUAUUACUAUGCGCUCUCCGAACAACAAGAUACAGUGAAUGGCCACGGUAGCGAGCAAGUGAAUCGUCAAAGUACACAGGAUCGAUCUUUGAUUGUCUCGAUUACAUUAACGGACAAAGAAUACGAACAAGAACCGACACCAGUCCCCAGUAGCUCAAAAGAUGAAGUGCGUAUGGAGAUAAGCACGAUGGAAGAGGAUGAAGUGAUUAAAAGACCUCGCGGCAAGACAAAGACAUUGCCUCGCACUUUUCUAGGCUCAGGAUAUGGUUGUAACUCGUACUUUACGUGGCGUCUACGCAUGAGUACUGUAUUCGUUGCACUACUGAGCAUUACAGGCAUUGCGACUUUUUGGGCAUCAAAACAUAUUGGAAGUGGAGGAUUAUACGUGCAAGAUGUGAGCUACGCUCUGGCGUUCCAGCGAACGAAGACUACGGCCUGUUUGACAGCUACAGACUAUUGUGGAGCAUGUGACACCAUUUUAGUGUAUGCAAUGCUAGUGUACCACGUGGCCCCCUUGCUGGUCAUUAUUGGCUUACCAGCAUCUGGUUUUCGAAUUUUUGAACCGUUUCGACGACAUCGAGGUGGAAGCGGUCGACAGAAAAUUCAGAGAUCGGUUUUCUUUCAAUUCUGUGAAAUAUUAAGUGUCGUGGUGCUGAUCUUUAGCUUGCUUGUGAUUUUAUAUUUUGUAUACGCCCUUUUCGAGGGUAACAACUUUUAUUGUAACAGUGGUCGAGCAAUCGUUUAUGUGGCGUUGGCAGUGGUGACGUUCUUUGCCAACUUUGUAGUGCUGACGUAUUUCGCACGUUUCCGAGAGCAUCUUAGUAUGCAACUCGGUGCGUUUAAGGAGACAGAUCAGACAGGUGGCAUCCGAUCACGUCUUAAGCGUCGACACAGCAAGUUCAAGUCGGAACGCACGCGUAUUAUCAAUGACUUGCGCAAACAUUUGCACAAAGAAACAUCGUUGUGCAACGUGACCAAAAUGGAAACACUGCUGAAGUGCGCUAAAGAGCACUUGGGAACAGAUUUUGCGCAUGAGAUGUAUCGUGAUGCAAAGCUUGUGUUUAAGCUCUUCGGUCGUUCCAAGAAGAACCCAAUGCAUGUGGCUGCUUAUCUAGGAAAUGUGCAAGCACUUCAAAUGCUCCUGGACGCUGGGCUUUGUGUAGAUAGCUAUGACAAGGUAUCACGCGUGCGUUUUACAACUGGUGAUCUUUUCUGGACGUUUGCGCAAAUCUUCGUGUCCAAGCCUUUAACGUGUGAAGACGAAAUGGCUGCCUCAAUUUUCCGAACGACGCUUGUAACGCCGCUCUUUUGCGCAGUUAGCACUGGGCAAAUUCAAGCUGUCCAGUGGCUUUUGGACCACGGCGCCAAUGUGAAUCUCAAGUCUGGCGCAAACCACCUUGACGUGCCUGACCCUGGCCAUAUGAACACGCUUACAGUGCUUCAAAUGGCCUAUAUGCGAGGCAACUUUCCAGUGGCACACGAACUGGAAGAAUGGGGUGCUGACGUGGCUCUGACGCCUCUUCAUGAAGCUGCAGCGAAGGACAGCAUCGUGAAUAUAAAGAAGCUACUGAAAACAGGUGCUGAUCCCAAUUGUGUGGGUGAGUAUGGUUACACAGGUAUGCAUCGCCGAACACCAUUGCACUGGGCGGCAAUCAAUGGUGCCGUGAAAGCCGUUGAAAUACUGCUUAGAGCUGGAUCUGACCCAAAUUUUCAGGACAUCUUUGGUCGAUCACCUUUGCACUGGGCGGCGCGUGUGAAUAAAUUCGAGGUUGUUCGUCUGUUGCUGAGCAAAGGUGCUGAUGUAAACUUGCGUGACUAUUGUGAUCGCACCCCUCUGCUAUGCGCUGCGUCUUCCAAAAAUGUAAGCGUUGAUCUGUUUGAAUGUCUUGUUCAGCACGGUGCAGAUAUCGACGACCGUCUCCCUAACGGCGACACAGGCUUGCAUAUUGCUAUGAAAUGCGAGCAAAAGGGUACAGCUUUGGCACUCUUGGACGCAGGAGCAGAUGUCAUGAAAACAAACCGCGAUGGUUACCGUCCAGUGGAUUGUACUACGUCGACGCAGUUGCAAUUUGAAAUCAAACAGGCUGCGGGCGAUCGGGAUGUCAUGAUCAGCUAUACGCAUUCGCACAGCGAAUUUGCACUUAAAAUUCGUGAUAGCCUUGAGCAUGCUAAUAUUACCUCGUGGCUUGACCUCAUGAGCCCUACUGGGAUUGGAGGUGGGUCAGUGUGGCGUGAAGAAAUUGCGCGUGGCAUUAAAAAUGCUGAGGUGAUCAUUUGCCUUUACACUGAGGAUUACCCAACUUCGGAGUGGUGUCUUAAGGAACUGGCGCUAGCGAAGCAGCUUCAAAAACCAAUCAUUGCUGUCUCUACAGAAGGCGCCGCGGUCACAGAUGAAAUGCAAGUGUACAUCUACACGCGACAAAUGGUGCCUUUUGAGUCUGCCAUCAAGCGUAUAAACAAUACCAAUAAGCGCAAGGUCGUGUACGAAUACGAUGAAGAGCGAUAUGCAACACAAUUUUGUCUUUUGCUGGACGGCGUGCGCGAUGAGAUUGAAAAGCAUCGCGAAGCUAUUACUGUCGGUGGAAGCAAUCGCCAACUAGUCAAUGGUACUAGUGUCGUUAGUUUUGGUGAGAAUGUGACGGAUUGGGAUCCAGCUACGUUGGACAAUAUCAAGUUUGCAUUUGUUUCACACGGCGACCACCAUCACGCUUUUGUAAAGCGUCUACAUGAUCGACUACAAGAUAAUCAUGUAAGGUGUUUAAUGGAUGGUACACAAUUGUAUGCAGAUAUGAUUGAGCGCAUUCACGCUGCAAAGGAGGCGAUUCUCAAAUGUGAGGUGUUUAUUGUGAUCCUGUCGAGAAAGACCGUGAACAGUGAACUUGUAAAGGACCAACUGGCGUUUGCAGAAGAUAAAGGCAAACUGAUUUUGCCAAUUAUGCUCAAUGACAUGGAAAUUCCACUCGAUAAGCACUACACACUCUCCCGUUUGGAAAUUUUGCACUUUACACCGGAAUUGGGUUUUAACUCGAGCUUUAUGCAAUUGCUGAGUCGUGUGCGAGAUAAACUCUCGAUCGUAAACACAUCAUUUGAUGCACCACGUGGCGCAACGCGUCCGACAUUUCGAUCUGUAGCACGAAUGACAGCCAUGGGUCAUGUACGUCAAAAUAAUAGCAUUGCUGUCAAUGCUGCUGCCCGUGCUUUUUUGGGACGCUCAUGUCUAUCAGAUGCUACAGUCGCGCUUGUAUAG